AUGUCUUCCGACAAGAACGACGCGUAUUCCGUCUCUCAUGAAGAACAGCCUCAUCUAGAAGUCCCGCAUGUAACGUGGUACAAUCACGGCGGUCUACGUAGUCUAUACAUUCGAAUGCCACUUCUCAUGCUAUGCGCUACAAUCAACGGAUAUGACGGAAGUCUGCUUAACGGUUUGCAGACUAUCGAGAACUGGCGAGAUUACUUUGGCCAUCCUUCUGGCUCCACGCUUGGCUUGUAUACUGCAAUCGUCAAUAUUGGCGCUUUUAGUGCGCUAUUCUUCUCCCCUUAUAUUGCCGACCAGUUCGGACGCCGCAUUGCAACUGCCUUGGGCUGUGUCAUCCUCAUAGUUGGUGUUGUUAUUCAAGCGGUGCCAUCUGUCAACGAGGGCAUGUUUAUCGGAGGUCGGUUUCUUGUCGGAUUCGGAUCCAACAUCUCCAUUGGUGCCGGGCCACUUCUGAUCAUGGAGCUGGCGUACCCUCAACAUCGCGGACGGCUGACCGUCAUGUACAACACCUUGUGGUACGUUGGAUCAAUCAUCGCGGCAUGGACGGUAUUUGGGACGAUUAAAUACACCGGAGAAGCCUCGUGGCGUAUCCCCGUUGCCCUUCAAGCUCUUAUGCCAAUGCUGCAAUUGCUUGGGGUGUUUACCCUGCCUGAGAGUCCUCGUUGGCUUUGCUCCAAGGGCAGAAAUGAAGAAGCUUUGAGUAUCUUGAUCAAGUACCACGCGAACGGCGACACGAGUGACCCUUUUAUUCAAGCUGAAUACACAGAGAUUCAAGAUACCAUUCAACUCGAGACUCAAGCGGCUGAGAAUGGCUGGAUGGUUUUCUUGCAAACCCCUGGCAAUCGCAAGCGUCUACUGCUCAUCGUCUUGACCUCAUUCUUUUCUCAAUGUUCAGGGAACGGUCUCGUAUCUUACUACCUCCAUGAUAUUCUGAACUCUGUUGGAAUCCAAAAGCCCUAUGACCAGUCCUUAUUCAACGGCGGACUUCAGAUCUGGUCUUUCCUUGUAGCAAUUGGUUUCUCGGUCUACUUUGUCGAAAAGUUAGGUCGCAGAAUGCUCUUUCUCAUUGCAGCUGUCGGUAUGCUGGUGGUUUUCAGUGUGUGGACAGGAUGUUCCGCAGUAUAUGCCGAUACAGGUAACAAAGGUGCCGGACGAGCCGUUCUGGCAAUGAUCUUCCUCUUCUACGGAGUCGCUGGCUUCGCAUGGCCAGGCUUGACAGUUGCCUAUUGCUCUGAGAUCCUCCCGUACAGUAUCCGCGCUAAAGGGUUGGCCAUCUGCUUAGGUGUGACGGCUCUAUCCGGUGUUCUAAACCAAUAUGUGAACCCCAUCGGCUUGGCCAAGCUAGCUUGGAAGUUUUACUUUGUCUACAUUGUGAUUUUGGUCAUCGAGGUGGCUUGCAUCUGGCUCUUGUUUGUUGAGACUAAAGGUCCGACGCUCGAGGAGAUUGCUAUUCUUUUUGAUGGCAAGGAUGCAAAGGUCUCGAAAAGGCUAACCGAAGGCAGAAAGCUAGAAACAUUUGAGAAGAAGAUCGAGGUUUAA